GUGGUUGACUAAUGGUGGGAGAAUAAUCCUAACCUAACUCCUAAGUCCCAACUCCCAAGUACCGUGCGAGGAUUUUGUCAUAGAUUGUGUGUUAACGAACGUUUGUUUUUAACCGUGACCGGUGUGUGUAUCUCCGUUAAUAAAGUGUUCGAAACAUCAAUUUAAACGGCGUAAAAAUUCUGAAGAAAUCGAGCUACGAAGAAGCGAAAUUGAAUUCCAUCAAACAUGAAUGGUAGACAGCACCGCCACCAACAACAACAUCACCGUGCCAAAUCCAAACUCCAAUACAUCAAGAAAUCUGAACUCGUUGUUUCUUCACCUAACUCUGUCGUCGAAGAUGUUGAAAAACGAGUUUCCCCUGAGGUUGUUCAUGUCAAUGGUAACAACAACAAUGUUGAUGAUGUGGCUAGUUCAAGCAAAACCAAGGAAGAAGAAGAUGAUGGUAUUGAUAUUAUGGAUGAUAGGCUUGAUAAGUUGUUAAGUAAUAUUCAACAACCUGAAUUGUCUCAGGAACAGAUCAUAAUCAAUGAUCAAUUGCAGCAAGAUGAGUUGCUUGUGGUGGAGUCAAUUUAUGGAGAAAACGUUUUCAACCUUGAUUCAUGGAAAGGCCUGCGCUGUUUUCAGAUACACAUAAACAUUGAUAUUUUGGGUGAAAUAGGCAUUACUGCUAAGAUGAACGCUGUCAAUGAAGUUGAAACUAUUAGCGGCAAUUCAGAUGAUUUCUUAUAUUCUUUCAAAGUUCAAUACCUUCCACCGAUUGUUUUGACAUGUUUAUUACCUAAGUCGUAUCCGAGCCACCAACCACCUAUAUUUACAAUCUCUGUCAAGUGGUUGGAAUCUGCGAAGAUUUUGAGUUUAUGUUCCAUGUUGGAUUCAAUAUGGACAGAACAGCAAGGGCAAGAAGUAAUUUACCAUUGGGUAGAAUGGUUACAUAGUUCUUCACUUUCUCAUCUGGGAUUUGAUGAGGAGAUUAGACUAGGUCCUUACGGUACGAAUCGUGUUGCGGACGCGCGUGUGGUUUCAGGAAUUAGAUGCAUUGAUGCUGAUAUUCCUUUUUUAAAAAGUUACAACAAUGAGAGACGCCAUCAGAAUUUCCUUAAAGAAUUGCAUGAAUGUUGCAUUUGCUAUAGUGAAUAUCCAGGUACCGAGUUCGUCCAGUUACCAUGCAAACAUUUCUUCUGCCGCAAAUGCUUGCAGACCUUUACUCAGAUUCAUGUAAAAGAAGGAAACGUUAGUAAUCUUCAAUGUCUUGAUGCAAAAUGCAAGGACAUGAUUCCACCAGGCCUUUUAAAGCACUUUCUUGGUGACGAAGAUUAUGAACGUUGGGAAUCAAUGAUGUUAGAGAAAACACUUGCAUCAAUGUCUGAUGUUGUUUAUUGCCCAAGAUGUGAAACACCUUGUAUAGAGGAAGAAGACCAACAUGCUCAAUGCACUAAAUGCUUUUUUAGCUUUUGCACCCUUUGCAGAGAACGACGCCAUGUUGGCAUAGCAUGCAUGACGCUAGAAAUGAAGCUUCAGCUUCUACAGGAUCGUCAAAAUUCAUCUAGAUUAAAGGGAAAUCAAAGGCAAAUUGAACUUCAAAAGAUCAAUGAAAUGCUCAGCGAGAGAGAAGUUCGCCGCGAUUCCAAGUUGUGCCCGUAUUGUGACAUGGCGAUUUCUCGAACUGAAGGUUGUAAUAAAAUGAAGUGUGGUAAUUGUGGAGAGUACUUCUGUUACCGUUGUAACAAACCACUUGAUGCAUCAGAUCCAUAUGGACAUUUCAGGGACGAGGGGUCAUGUGAAUUGUUCCCACGAGAAAUGAUUGAGAACUGGCAGCAAGCACACAUAAAUCCUCGCCAGGAAAUACAACAAAUACAUGCUGAACUCUUUCACCUCGGUGGCUCACCAUGUCCUUGUUGUCGUCAAUUUAAUGUAAAGAUGGGAAACAAUAACCAUAUGUUAUGUUGGGCAUGCCAAAACCAUUACUGCUACUUAUGCAAUCAGAUUGUGAAGCGCGGCGAUAAGCAUUAUGGACCAAAAGGUUGCAAACAGCACAGUGAGGGAUAGCAUAAGCACAAUGCCAUGAUCCUUGUUACCAUGGCAUUGUUAAAUAUAACAUUUUCAUUAAAUUAUUUCAUGUCCAGUGAGUUAUGUAAUAAAUGAAUAAUAAAUAGGGUGUGUUGCGGUUACGUUCAAAUUUUUGAAGAGGAAGAGAGUCAUCAGGGUUCUAAAUUUAGAACCCUGAUCGGAUUAAAUAUGUACGUGUAUGUGUGUUGUGUGUAUUCUUGAGAUCAUUCAUGACCUUUUUUUAUUUAUUUGAGAUUAUUCUUUACCCACAA